AUGUUGAGAGAUCGGCUGGUCUGUGGUGUGAAUGAUGACAGUAUUCAGAGGAAACUGCUGUCCCACCGGGAGCUGGACUUCAAAAAGGCCUGGGAGAUCGCCCAGUCCAUGGAGACGGCUGAUAAGGACGUGCGGGACAUCCAGGCCCUGUGGAGGGAGGAAGCUGGAGCAGCAGGCCGAGCCAAGCCUGGGGAAGUGGUCUACCAGGUUUCGGAGCAGCGAGCCCACGUCUCACCAGCUCCGGGGCCCCAAUGCUUCAGUCAAAAGCAGUAUGUUAAGCUGAGAAAUCUGGCUAUUAUGCCCAAGUUAGACACCUGCCCCAUAAAGCUGAAGACUUACACCGGUGAGCGGCUUCAGGUUAAAGGCAUGGCCCGGGUCACUGUAACUCACCAGAAUGUUUCUCGAGAGCUACCAGUUAUCGUGGUGGCUGGCUCCGGUCCCAAUCUCCUAGGGCGGAGUUGGCUCCAAGCAUUAGCCAUGGAGGUCCACUCCAUUCAUCAGGUGGAGUCUGCACCCAACAACCCCCCGAAACCUGGCACCACCAGGUUAGAGGAAGUACUGAUGAAGCAUGAUGCAGUGUUCAAAGAUGAGCUUGGAACUCUGAAGGGCAUCAAAGCGACUAUCCAUGUGGAUGCGGAGGCUAAGCCGAAGUUCUUCAAACCAAGGUCAGUCCCCUAUGCUGUCAGACCCUUAGUGGAAGCUGAAUUGGAUAGGCUUCUUGAAGAUAAGAUUAUUGAACCGGUGACUCACUCAGAAUGGGCUGCACCUAUAGUGCCCAUACUCAAGCCUUGUGGGGGGGUCAGAAUAUGUGGGGACUAUAAAGUGACUGUUAAUCAGGCCUCCAGUGUAGAGCAAUACCCCAUUCCUAGAGUGGAAGAUAUAUUCGCCAAGCUCUCUGGAGGAGAACAGUUUUCUAAGCUUGACAUGAGCCACGCUUAUUUACAGGUGGUGUUAGAUGAGAGCUCCCAGCAGUAUGUCACGAUAAACACCCAUAGAGGCCUAUAUACCUAUAAGCGGUUGCCUUUUGGUGUAUCAUCUAGUCCUGCUAUUUUUCAGAGGAUUAUGGAGGGGAUCCUCCGGGGAAUCCCUCACUGCAGUGUGUUUUUGGAUGAUAUUCUUCUGAGUGGUCCAACAGAGACAGAGCAUCUGAAAACCCUGGAGGAGGUGCUACUAUUUGGACUGCCUGAGAUGGUGGUCUCUGAUAAUGCGACUUGCUACACAAGUAGAGACUUUCAGGAGUUUAUGGUCCGGAAUGGUAUCCAGCAUGUCACCACUGCCCCCUGGCACCCGGCCUCUAACGGCCUGGCCGAGAGGGCGGUCCAAACACUAAAAUCCCUCCUGAAGAAGAGCUCAGGCGGUUCAGUGGAGACAAAGCUGUCACGUGCUCUGUUCAGUUACAGGAUCACCCCCCAGUCUACUACGGGCAAAUCUCCUGCAGAGCUGAUGAUGAAUGGGAAGCUGAGGUCUACACUGGACCUUCUGCACCCAGACCUCCAGUCUCGAGUGCAACACAAGCAGUGGAAGCAGAAGGAACAGCAUGAUCACCAUACCAAAAGUUAG